UGUGGUCUUCCUGUUCUUUCACCACUGCGCGAGGACUGGGAAUCAUUCCUCAAGAAAAGGACUUAGAUUUCAGUCAGACAUUUUCUUCAAAAACAAGGACAAUUCCCGCUGUUUUCUUCAAUUUUCCGGUGAUCAUGUCUUCUAGAGGUCCAGACUGGGAUUUUUAUCAGUGCAAAUGUGGGAAUAUCUUGUUUGAAUACAAUGUAGUGACUGGGGAAAAGUUCAUGUCAGAAACAUGGUCAAGGUGUACUGCAACCUGCAUGACGCCAGUAACUCAUGUCCCCACCCACACAUCACCCUUCCCACCCAUGCCGAUAGGUCCUCCUAAAGAAAAAGUAAGCACAGGGACGGAGACUGAUGAGGUACUUACUGACUCUUGUUCCUGCACAUCAAACACYGUCAACAWUGAAACCAAGCAUGCAACCAACUGCUGUGGYGAAAAAGUUGAAAAUUCCACCUCCACCAAUGAAGAACCAAGUGUUGGCUCCGCCUUGACSCAAACAUCAACAUUAGACACAACAGGAUCAAAUGGUUUGCACUUUGAAGAAACUUUAACCAAAACCACUGAUCUAAAGCCUUCUGCUUCUCUUCCUUCUGAUGCCAUCUUAGAGGCUCCAGUAGAUAAAACUGUAUGUGAGAAAGUGAUCGAUAGAGGACUGGAAACUAAUGGGAAGACAGAGGACAMUGAGGAGGUAGAAAAAGCAAUCCAUGAAAAAGAGAAUGAAAAAGAGUGUGAAAUAGAGAAAAUGGGAACAAAAGAGAUGGAAAUAAACAAUGAGAAUGAUGAAGAGGCUGUGGAGAAGCAAGAAAGUGGAAAGAUGGAAGAUGAAAUUGAAAAGGUGGAGAAUGAGACUAAAGAAAAUGAAAAUGAAGUGAAAUUAGAAGAAGAGAAAGAAUUGGAAAAUGAGACAGAAAAAAUGAAGGAUAAUAAAACUAAGAAUGAGGGAAUUGAAGCAAUGGAAACAGAGACAGAAAAACCUGAAAAUGAAGAGUCAAAAGAACAAGAAAGUAAGAUAUUAGAAGUUGAUAGUUCAAAUGAUAAAACUGCCAAGGAUGAUGAUCUAACUGAAAAAGAGAGCACAGAAAUUGAAAAAGAAAAGAAAGAAAUAGAAGAAAAUGAGACACAAGAGAUAAGUGAUGCAAAGAAAGAGGUCGAUGAUAAACAAGACAAGGAAGAAAGCAAACCCUCAGAACCAUCAGAGGAAGAUGAAUCUAAGGAAAAGACACCUGAACGAAAAACAAGAUCAMACACCAGAAACAAAUCCAGUAAACAGACUCCUACAAAGCCAYCACCAGGGAAAACACUGCGUAAGAGAAAAGCAGAAACAGAGGAGACAGAGAGAAGAACCCCWGUWACUCGUACACAAUAUCCUAGAAGAUCACCUCGUCUUAACGUAACAAAGAAAAGAAAAACAAGAUAAACACCAAAAAAGUAAAAUACAUACUUUCUGUGAUGUUCGCAAAUUUAGAAWAAUAACGUUAUUAAAUUUCAAAGUUUAAUUCAUGAUAAAUGCUUAUAUGACAAUUAUUUGCUAAAUUGUGAUUUUAAUAUCUGAUAUAAACCAUACAAUAGGUAUAUUGCCUAGCAUAUUAUUAUCAUAUUUUAUUCUUUCAUUUGAAGUUAGUUAAGCGUGGAUUUCAGUAGCGCAUAAGCUUAGGCAUAAGCACAAGCAAGAGAGUCAGUGAGAACAGGCUUGGAAUAAGCAUAAGACAUUGAGCAUGCGCACCCUAACCCUUAUGCCUAUGCAGUCCCGUUCUCACUGAGCAUAAGCAUGAGAUAAGCACAAGAAGAUCAAGCCUUGCU